AUGACUGCCCAAGUUGAUCACCGGCCAGCUCCCGACCAAACUACCUCAAAUAAUUCGAGGGACGUGUUGGAUCCCGCAUCUCGAAGACGACUCCAAAAUCGCCUCAACCAACGUGCGAGCAGAAAAAGAAAGGUGUUAGAGUCUAAAGGUCAACACAAAACGCCAGAUAGGAAAUGGAUUGUCUAUGUCGAUGGUUCAAGCAUCCCAAAAAGAAACACAUCUACAGAAGAAGAAGCAACAAGCCAUAAAGUUACUCAGUCACCGUUGUCUCUCAACCAAAAUGAAGAAUAUCUAUCUUUCUUCAACCCUUCUCAGCGCGUUGAGUUUAUGGACACACUUUUCGAAAAAGCUUUGCAUAUGAUCGGGAACCCGGUUCUCUCACGCAAUCCCACUUAUUCUGACGCCCAGUUCAAUCUAUUUCGCGCUAUGUCAAUCAACGCCAAUCUGCUGGGCCUCACAUUUGAUCUUCUCAAUGAAGACCUUGCGUCGCAGUUCAAUCUCGCCGGACCAUUGAUGUCGGCGGUACAUCUCCCAGCAAGCCUGUUUCCAUCCCAGAACCAAAGGAAGAUAAUCCACCACCCCUGGAUUGAUUUAAUUCCAAUUUUGUCUCUGCGGGAAGCUCUUUUGAUCAGGGCAGAUGUAAUUGACGAAGAUGAACUAUGCGGCGACGUUUAUGGAGCUUGUGGUUCGUCGCAAGAAAUCGGGAUUGGGAUGCGCGUUUGGGGCGAAGCUUGGGAUCCAUUUGCUUAUGAGAUCUCAGAGAUGAUACUCAAGAAAUGGAGAUGGAUAGCAACAGAUUGUCCUGACGUAGUCAAAUCUUCUAAUUACUGGAGGAGGCAGCGAGGGGAGAAGCCAAUCGUGUUUGAGAUUGAGUGA